AUUCAGCGCUUUGUCUCUUAUAACCUACGCCUUCCUCACUAGUGCUUUUCUGAAUCGAAGGAUCUGAUUGUUAGGGUUUGGUAUGGGGAGAGGAAAGAUCGUGAUAAGGAGGAUCGACAAUUCGACAAGUAGGCAAGUCACGUUCUCGAAACGAAGGAACGGUUUGCUGAAGAAGGCGAAGGAGCUUGCGAUCUUGUGCGAUGCUGAAGUCGGAGUUAUGAUUUUCUCCAGCACUGGAAAACUCUACGAUUUCGCCAGCUCCAGCAUGAAAUCAGUAAUUGACCGAUACAACAAAUCAAAAGAAGAAAAUUGUCAACUUGGGAGUUCGGCCUCCGAAAUUAAGUUUUGGCAAAGGGAGGCAGCAAUGUUAAGGCAACAAUUACACAAUUUGCAAGAAAGCCACAGAAAAAUCAUGGGGGAGGAACUGUCAGGUUUGACAGUCAAAGAGUUACAAAAUUUGGAGAACCAAUUAGAAAUUAGCCUUCGUGGUGUCCGUAUGAAAAAGGAUCAACUUCUAAUGGAUGAAAUACAAGAACUAAAUCGAAAGGGAAACCUCAUACGCCAAGAAAAUGUGGAACUGUAUAAGAAGGUAAACCUAAUUUAUCAAGAAAACAUGGAAUUGAAAAAGAAGGUCCAUGGAACAAAAGAUGAUAGCGAAACAAACAGAGAUUAUGUUCUCACAAAUGGUCUAGGCAUAGGAGAGGAUUUGCAUGUGCCCGUGAAUCUCCAGCUAAGCCAGCCACAGCAACACUAUAAGGCUCCUUCAGGAACUGCAAAAUUGGGGUAUGAUCUUUCUAUCAUUUAAACUAGUAGACCAAUAAUCAUGUUGCAAAAGCAUUGAUAUCAGAUUUAUUUUUAUUGUUGCAGCAGAUUGCAAUUGCAUUGAUCCAUUUACAGGACAUGUGUUUCUCGAUUGCUAUUAAGAAAAAUGGACUCAGAUUUUAAUUAUGAUGUGUUUAUAUAAAUGUUCUGGCAUAUAGACCCCAAACUAAAUAUUUUAAAUAUUUAGUUAUCAAGAAAAGAAAACCAACCCUAGCAUGUAUGUCAGAACCAAUGAAGCACCUAUUGAGAAGCAAAGACUCAAAUUAAGGAAGAAAUUCUUCAAACCACACAGAUGUUUAGUUCCUUUUAUCAGUUUUAUGUGUUAAAAUUUAUUGCUGACCUUUAAAUGGGUGCAAGAUGAUAAAGCAACCAUGCUGUCAGUAAUACAUAAGAUAAAAUCAUCGCAAGUUUA